UGAGUCUCGCUGCCGCAUCGGCUUCAGGUGGCUGUCGCUGUCCUUUCUCGGCAGAGCGUAAAUACGAUUACCGACUUGGCAUGUUUAUAAAUAACUCGCCGCGUGUUUGAUUCGAAACCAUGUGCUCGCGGUAGUUCGUUAAUUAAAACUCGCCCGAUCCUUCCUUGCAAAAGUUCGACAGUUUCCCGUUUUAAAUCACAGCGUUUUUCAUCAAUCGUCAGAAAUGAGUACUUUCGGCACAAACAGCUCAGGGCGCAACCGCAACAGCGCAGGUCCCGAAGAACAGUUCCUGUUGACCGAGCGACAUCGCAAUGGCAUUAUUGCCCCUCAUUCUAGAGGCAGCACUCUUGGCAGACGUGGAGCAGGCCCUGAGACGGGGAAGCCGACGCUGGUGGCCGAGCCGGUGAAGCUGACCCCGGCCUGGGAAGAAAAGAACCUGCCCAACGAUGAGCUCAACUUCAAAAGCGUCACCAUGGAUCAGGCCGACUUAGAAAUUAAUCCUCCCAAUGAUAGGUGUAAAUUAGUAUAUUUAGUCUUAGUACUUCAUGGUAUUGGAACAUUGAUGCCGUGGAACAUGUUUAUUACUGCCAAAAAUUAUUUUAUAGAGUAUAAAUUAAGUGCAAACAACACAGAUGUUAAGUCUGAUUAUGCUGAUAAUUUCAUGCCCUACAUAGGCAUUGCAUCUCAAGUACCUAAUUUUUUCUUCAACUGGUUGAACAUAUUUGUUGUUAUCGGGGGUAAUCUCACAACUCGUAUUGUAUGGAGUAUACUCACGGAAGUUUUAGCAUUUUUCUUAACUGUUGUCCUCGCAAUGCUCGACUCAAGUACCUGGCCAGGGUUCUUCUUUUGGAUCACAAUCGGCUCUGUAGUUGUUCUAAACAUGGCAAAUGGUAUCUAUCAGAACACCGUUUAUGGAAUGGCUGCAAAACUACCUCUUAAAUAUACUUCCGCAGUUAUUCUUGGCUCAAACAUCAGUGGAACUUUCACCUCCAUUAUUUCAAUUGUUUCGACAGCCAUGGCCCCAAAUGACAGGACAGCUGCAAUUUACUACUUCAUCACUGCACUCUUCGUUCUUUUGAUGUGCUUUGACACUUAUUUUGCUCUUCCAUUAAAUAGGUUUUAUAGGUAUCACGAGCUAUUGAAUCAGAAAGCUAUUCAAGCCAAAGCUGCAGAAGGCAACUCCAGGCCACCGUAUUGGAAAAUUUUCAAACAGUGCUCUCCUCAACUUUUCAAUGUGUUUUUCAUUUUCUUCAUCACCUUAGCUAUUUUCCCUGCUGUACAUUCAGAUAUCAAAGAGUCUACCUUCAAUAUUGGACCCACCUACUACGUUAGUGUUAUGUGCUUCCUCACUUUCAACGCCACAGCUAUGUUGGGUUCUCUGUUCUCAUCUUGGUUUGUUUGGCCAGGCCCAAAAGGACUGAUAAUCCCAGUUUUGUUGCGAGGACUGCUUCUUCCAGCAUUUCUUCUGUGCAACUACCAGCCAAGGGGAGUCCACAGGACCCUUGGAGUUUUGUUCAUGAACGAUUGGAUUGUUUUAGCCCUAGGUGUCAUCUUAGGUCUUUCAGGAGGAUACUAUAGUUCUUUAGCAAUGAUGUACUGUCCCAGGAUGGUGGAACCACGCUACAGCUCAACAGCUGGCAUGUUCGGUGCAGCGUGUUUAGUCUCAGGAAUCUGUGCUGGAAUAGUAUUUGCUUUGGUCUGCCCAUGGCUUGUCUCAAACCUAACCCUACCGAUUGUUUGAUGUUCCCUCAUACAAUCCCAGAAUUUUUCAUCUCCACUUGAAAUCAAUACAGAGAUGUAGAGCUUUGUUUUGAGCUACUCCUUUGUACUUCUAUGCGGAUGUGAGUUCCAGGGAUGUGCGUAAAGUCUCCGCUCAGUCGAGUGCUGAUACGAACUCUGCUCCUCAAUGUUAUUUCUAUACGUACCUUUGUUUUUGAUACUUUGUAAUUUUAGGCUUUUUAUUAUAUUUUAAGGUAGUGCAUAUCAUCAGGUUUGAUGCUUGAAGAGAUCUUACGUUUUAAAAACCUCACUCCUUUUCCAUCUCUAAUUACUCCUCUUUCUGAUAUUCUUCUUGUUGAGGGCAGAUUUAAAGGAAGACCACUCAGAGCAAUGAAUUUACGAUUUUUUAAUAACAGCUCAUGAAAGAAACAAUCUGUCAAAUUGUUUCUUUAAUGGAUUUUUUCUUUCAUAAGCUGAUUUUCAUAAUCUAAUUUCCUGAUUAUCGUCAGGAAAUCAGGCAACCUUGAUUUUGCGAUUUUUCAUGGACAGUAGUUUCUCAAGUCUACCCAUGUCUUCUGGAAUUUUUAUCUUUUAUUUUUAUGAAUUUACUAUUUUAGUCACUUACUCCUGUCUCAAAUUUUGGAAACUUAACCUAGACUCAAAAACCAGUGCUUAUUUAAUAACUUUUUAAAUUUUCGGAGACUCUGAAAACUAAUCAUAAAUCAUCUGCUUGCUAUUUUAUUACAGUAUAUUUUUCAAGGGCCCAAUCUUAUCUUCAAUGAAGUUGCUAUAUGGGAUGCUUUACCAUAUUUAAAUUAUUGUAAAAACUAUCUGAACUUACCUUUUUAUCAUUCUUUUUUUAAAAAAAACUUAUUUAAUGUAUGAAUUUUACCCACAAAUUUUCAUCUUUCUCUUCUUCUUUCCUUUACAUCUGUUCUCUAUUGCCAUCAUUUUCACUUUCUCGGUUACUGAAUUAUUGUAAGCAUCCCCUCAUUUUUUUAAGCUGCAUUUUUUUAAAUUAACCACUAAAGUGUACUUACCAUUUUGUUGUAUAGUUAAAGUGAGCUGAACAAUAUUACAUAUUUUUUGUCUUAAAAACUACUGGAUGAAUACAAACAAGCCAUUUUUCCAUGGUUUUUUUCUUUCUUUUUUUCAUGGUAAACGCAACAAAGUAAUUGUACAUGAAGUGAUAACUGUAUGAUAAUUUUUAGUGUUAUUUCUAACCAUUCUCAUAUAUUUGUGUAAAUAUUUUAUCACCUACCUCGAUCCAGAUGUAGGGCAAUUGAAGACUCACUAAGGGUCUAUUUGUAAACUUUAGCUGGAGUGGGAAAAGGAGUUGUCAUUUACAAAAAAAUGACGCAUAAAGAGUAUUGGGCGAUGAGCAAAAUUUGAAAACCGCUUCUCAUUACAAUCUUUGCAAAAUAUUAGCGCAUUCAGCUGAAGUCCACAAAAGACGCAUUCUUGAGAGCAUGUAUUUAAUUUUAUGCAUUCAACUUCUUUUUAAAAUUUUCGCUCUACCCUUUUUGUAUUUUAAAAAUUUUAAGGGCACUUCCAGGGAGAAAUGCCAAAAAGAGGUAAUUAUAAAAAUACAUUGUUCUCUUUUUAUCUGCUCAAAAAUGUCGAUGUUCAAGUAUAGAAAAUACUUUCAAUGCAUGAAUUCUCACAUUUUCAAUCAAUCUUUUGUAAAUUCAAUUUUAAUCAAUUUUUUGUACCAAGCUUCCGUCUGUUAUAAUUUCUUGGUUACUUUUUGGUCAAAUGAUUAUCUAAUUGAGGCAUUCUUCUAGAAGACGUGAUAUGGGCUUAAUUUUUUGUAUAUACCAUACUUGCGGGUACUGAAAUGAAUAAAAAAUAUUUUUACAGAUUGCGUAGUGUUCUACCAAAGGCGACAAUGUGUUUUUAGUUUUUCUCAUUUUCUCAAAUUCAGUGCGCUGAGACAAUUUGGAAUCUUAAGUUGGUCCGUGGGUCUUUGAUUUUUUCUCUGUACUUUGGCGUAAUUUUUUAGGGGGAAAAUUUUUAACUUCUAAGUACGUUUUUCUUUGAAUGUUAAAUUAGUGGCAUCUCACAUUCCUCCGAAGAAUGCCUCAUUUAUUAUUUGCAUCAAGCUUUGAUCUAAUAAUUUAUUCUGUUUGUAAAAUUUUUGAUAUCAUUCUGUACGGAGCAUUUUAAGCAUAAUAUCUCUUCCUCCCUGUAUAAGCUAAUUAAGCAUUGGUUAGGUUUAUGAACUCACAAGCCUCUUUUCGUUUUGAAAUUUAAUUCUGUUAAUUUUAUUUUAUAUUUUAAAGACUGAGAUACCAUUAAUUUUAUCCAUGUUCUCUUCUCUUCAAGUUCUUUCUGACUGUGAAAUUUUCUGAAAGAAACAUUCGCAGAGGAGCAGAUGAAGGAUUGGUUGUAAAAACACAUUAUUUUCCAUGGAACUUCUGUAGUUUUUACUUAUAACACUAUCAACUUGUCUACUCUUAUCAAAUGAUCACCAAAUUGAUGGUGAAACUGUAAAAACAUGUAUUUCGUUUGCAAUGUUUCUAAAUUCUUGCUCGUAUUUAUUUUUCCAAAAGAGAACAAAAUCAAUACUAUGGCUUGAAAUUUACACAGAAUUUUCCUCUGAUAGAGCAUAUUAACCAAGGAAGUUUACAAUUUUAAAAAUAAAUUAUCACAUGCAAUCUGCAGUGUUGCAAACUGAGAUGCACGUUUAUGCUGUUCCACUAUUGAAAUGCAAGAUCAAGCCAAUAUGUGAUGAAUUACAGUCUUUAUUUUUAAAUUCAAUUUGGUGUUUUAGUUUUUGUUUUCUAACGCUAACUUAGCUGCGAUAAUUCCAUCGCUCAACUACAAUAAAGUCUCGUUUGGCCCUCAACAUUUCAUUAAUAUCCCUAAAAAUAUGCUCUGUAAAUGAUUUUUUCAAGUGUAUACAUCUUUUGCAUUACUGUCAUGUUCGUACUUAAAACUUUGCCCCCUUUGAGUACAUCCUGUCGAAACCUUUUUCCAUUUUAGUUUAGCUAUUAAUUAUCAAGUAAGGUAUAAAGAGCCAAAUAAUGCUGCUCUUUGUUUUUAAUUAAUCAAGUUAUUGCGUAAUCAUUUCCCCUUUGUUCGAGCAUCCAGGCAUCGAUGAAGAUUUUUAUACAUAUUAUCUUUUUAUACUGAGUUAGCCAAAUACUUUGUUUAUGGUAUUUUUAAUCGGCCGGUUUUAAUUUUAUGUUGCGGUAGACAUGCUCUGUUCGAACUGUGUUGUUAGACCUCCAAGUCUUAUGAAUUUUGAUGACUCACCAGUCUUUAAAAAUUUACCUGGAUGAUACAAAAUGUUGGGUCAUCCUGUACAUGUUUUACCAAUAAAUGAUCUCUGAUCGAUAUUACAAAAAUAAAUCGGUAAUUAGAAGAAAAGAAGUGCUUACUUAGAGAAUUUUUGCUAGAUAGGAAAAUCGAUGAAACCCAAAUUUCCUAAAAAGGAGUAAGGACAAUAAUGAAUUAAGUAAGUUAGACGAAAGAUUUAUGCUUUUCAUUAAAAAUUUCCCAAUGUUUAGAGCUAGAUUUUUGAAAAGACAAUAAAUCUAUAUGAUAAAUAGGUAUUUAGAAAGACUUCAGUACCUGUCGUGAAGAAUUUAUUUUGGAUUUCAUAAAGUGUAGGACCAAAUAUUUUUAGCGUAAAAAAGGAUGUAAUUUAUGUCACGCGUACAUUCUUGAAAGAUUCCAUUAACGACUACCUUGCUCUCUGAUAACUGCACGUUUUUCUUACAUACCAUCCAGAACACAAUAUUUGAUGAUGUACAAUGUAACUGUAGAGAAAUGUUCACAUGUGAACUGUUGACCAACAGGUCCAUUUUAUUUUCUCAUUAAAUACGUACAUACUCAUUGAA